AAACUGCCAUCACACUGGAAGAGUCUGAGCACCGGAGGGUGAAGGAUGUUCAAGUUUUACGUGCUCUUGAUUCACCUCUUUGGAGCCUAUGGUGCUCUGCUCUACGCUAACCUUGGAGACAAUGUGACUUUACUAUGUUUCUCCAGUGUCAGAAACCUGUGUUGGUACAAGCAGGUUGCAGGGGAACAACCUCAAAUAAUUUCCUCUUUCUACAAACAUUCAUUCUACAACAUCUUUUACAACCAGUUUAAAGACGACAAACGAUUUUCAGUUCACACUGGAGCAGGAUUCUAUCACCUGAACAUUUCUAAUGUCCAGGACUCAGAUUCAGCCAUGUACUACUGUGGACAAACCAGUAUUACAGUCACUGAAUUUAGCAAUGGAACAUUUUUGGUUGUCAAAGAGUCCAGCUGCAGGUCUUUCCUCCAGCAGCCGCUGUCUGAGUCUGUGCAGGCAGGAGGCUCCGUGAGUCUGAACUGCACGGUGCACACUGGGACCAGUGACGGAGAACACAGCGUUUACUGGUUCAGAAAGGAUACAGGAAAGUCCCACCUGGGGAUCUUGUACGUCCACACACACAGCAGCAGUCGGUGUGUGAAGGCUGCAGGGUCUGAGUCUCCUGCACAGAGCAGGUGUGUGUACAAUUUAUGGAGAAGGAGCGUGAGCCUGUCUGAUGCUGGGACGUACUACUGCGCUGUGGCUUCCUGUGGAGAGAUACUGUUCGGGGAAGGAACGAGACUGGAGGCUGAAGGUGAGCAAAACAUGUCUGUCUUGCUGUGGUGUGUGGUUGCAGCUCUACUCUUGUCUUCUAUGUUGAACAUCAUCCUCGUCUAUAUCCUCUGCAAAAUGACCACUAGAAGAUAUCUGCAGUCCGAAGGGUCACAUUCCCAGCAGAGUGUUGCAGUAUACACCACUGAAACUCAGAGUGAGCAGUCUGACGCUGUGCAGUACGUAGCUGUGGACUACAGGAAGAAGCAAAGCAAGAGCAGGAAGCAGAGGAGCAAAGAGGAGGAGACGGUUUACUCUGGAGUCAGACUGACAGAGCUGGAGUGA